UCGGAAGCCGGAGCCCGGACGGGCCCGGGGCGGGGGGAGGCUGCGCGGGGGCGGGAGCGGCGGAGGCGGCCGCCCCUGGCGGCGGGUUUGUUUAUCCCGGGGAAGAAGUUUAGGAGCUGGAGAUAGGGAAGGAGGGCGGGCCGGGGAGGAGGGAUGCGGUUCGGCGGAGGCGGCCGCCACAGGGACUCGCCGCCAUCACCUCCGCUGCCGCGGCCGCCGCAGCUUCGGGCUCCCGGGGCCGCCUCAGCUGGAGAGAAGCCGCCGCCGGGACUGGCCGCUGCCGCCCCGCACGUCCGGUAGCCUUAAGCCGUUCCUGAUAUUUGCAAAACUCUGUAGGCUGAUGCCCCUGUAAAUUUGCUUUUAGAGACUGGUGAACUUGAAGUAAAGUACUCAGCUGUGUAGGAUAUUGCAUAAAUCUUGGAAGACUGCGAUAAAGUGGCAAUGUCUCGAGAACCCACCCCACCUCUCCCUGGAGAUAUGUCCACUGGUCCUAUAGCAGAAAGCUGGUGUUAUACACAGGUUAAAGUAGUAAAAUUUUCCUAUAUGUGGACCAUUAAUAACUUCAGUUUUUGUCGAGAGGAAAUGGGUGAAGUGUUAAAAAGUUCAACAUUCUCAUCUAGCCCCAGUGACAAAAUGAAAUGGUGCCUGAGGGUAAAUCCAAAGGGAUUAGAUGAUGAAAGUAAAGACUACUUGUCCUUAUAUUUGCUUUUAGUCAGCUGUCCAAAAAGUGAAGUUCGAGCAAAAUUCAAAUUUUCCCUUCUGAACGCUAAAAGGGAAGAAACAAAAGCAAUGGAAAGCCAAAGAGCAUAUCGAUUUGUGCAAGGGAAGGACUGGGGUUUUAAAAAAUUCAUUCGGAGGGAUUUUUUGCUUGAUGAAGCUAAUGGUCUUUUACCAGAUGACAAGCUUACAUUAUUUUGUGAGGUGAGUGUGGUCCAAGAUUCAGUAAAUAUAUCAGGACAUACUAAUACAAAUACUUUGAAGGUGCCUGAAUGUCGACUAGCAGAAGAUUUAGGUAAUCUCUGGGAAAACACAAGAUUUACAGAUUGCAGUUUUUUUGUGAGAGGACAAGAAUUUAAAGCUCAUAAAUCUGUACUUGCAGCUCGAUCCCCAGUUUUUAAUGCAAUGUUUGAACAUGAAAUGGAAGAAAGCAAAAAGAAUCGAGUGGAAAUAAAUGAUGUAGACCCUGAGGUUUUUAAAGAAAUGAUGAGAUUCAUUUACACAGGGAAAGCACCAAACCUUGACAAAAUGGCUGACAACUUGUUGGCAGCUGCAGACAAAUAUGCACUGGAACGGCUGAAGGUCAUGUGUGAAGAAGCUUUGUGUAGUAACCUCUCAGUAGAAAAUGUUGCUGAUACCCUUGUCCUUGCAGAUUUGCACAGUGCAGAACAGUUGAAAGCACAAGCCAUAGACUUUAUUAAUAGGUGCAGUGUACUUCGACAGCUUGGGUGUAAAGAUGGGAAAAACUGGAACAGCAACCAAGCAACGGACAUAAUGGAAACCUCGGGCUGGAAGUCCAUGAUUCAGUCUCACCCCCAUUUAGUAGCAGAAGCUUUCCGAGCACUAGCCUCUGCACAGUGUCCACAGUUUGGCCUUCCACGCAAACGGCUAAAACAGUCCUGAAAUCUUCCAUGAACUGUAGAAAAGUGGAAUUGACUUUUUCUCCUCCAGGGCCAGAAGGAUUCUAAUACACAAACCAUAAGCAAGAGUUGUUUCUGUUGUUUUGUCCACAGAACAGAAGCUGAAAAAGCGUAUUGCUUGCAUUUCAGGUGGAUAAUUUAUGGUUUAUUCUUCAGCUUUAAAUUAGACUGAUUAUACUCUAAUUCACUUCAAGGCCUUAAAUUAUCUUCAAUGACUUCUCUUGUUCAUAUGAUAGUUUAAUUUUUUUAUUGUGCCUUGUCAUUUUGACCAAGGCUAUGCAGGAUUGCACUAGCUCCAUAAUGCAGUAAUGUUGAUAACUGAAGAUAUUAAGUUUCAAAAGGAUCUUCCAUUAGUUUGAGAAAAGCAAAAUGAAUUUUAUAGGGUUUGUCCUAUGCUAUCUCAAAGUUUUAAAACUAGGUUCUCUUUAAAAGCACUUGUAUUGGAGAUUAUUGGUAGUAUCUCCAAUCUAAGUUCUGUAAAUACAGGAGAACCCGCUUACCUUCAAGGUAAGUUAUGGCAAUACACUGCUUCAAUUCUAAUUUAUUGUUCAUUUCAGGGGGCAAAUAUGCAAUGAAUUGGCCCAAAAUUUUAGUAAAAUUUGUGAUGUUUGUCUAUAUGUUAACUGUCCAACAAACUAAGAGAAGCAUAACAAACCUUUGCUUGUGUUUCUUUGUGGGUGUAUCCAAGUUUACAAUGAUUGAGAACUGAUUGAGGUUAAGGUUUCAAUAAGAAGAAAGCAUGUUUUGUGCUGAAUUAUUUUUUUUUUUAAUUUAUAGUGACUUACAUUUAUAUGAAGAAUUCUGUACAUGUUAAAAGUAAGGAUGACCAAAUGUAAAUUUAAUGAGUGGGCCAAUUAAGAUAUAUAUGCACUUUUAAUGUGUAACUUUUGUAUGCUCGGUGGUACAUAUAUUUUUUUGCUUUUGAGGGAAUUAAUAAGGUAUAAUUAAUUGUGUCUUAACUUUUGAAAAUUUCUAAGGAUGGAUGGAGGCAACUGGGAUGUUUGUGAUAAUAGAUAAGAAAGAUAUCCUUGAUUAUAGUUAAAUUGGUUUGAAUUUCAGAUAUUCAUUACUGAAUUUGCUCCUGUUUUAUCACACUUUGGAGAAGUCACCUGAACAGUAAACAAAUCUUGAACAGCAUCCUCUCCUUCUAAAAACAAUGAACUGAUAUUAUUUGCAGACUAAAGGAGAUAACCCUUAGAAUAUGUCAGGCCACACUCUAGACAUUUUUUCCCCCUAGCUUUCUCCUUUCUGUUUCAGUUACUGUACUAACAUUGUGGAUGAUAUUGAAAUUCUGCAUAAUGUGAACAGGAUAAACUAUUUAUAAACUGCUUUUCAUGGGCCAGUUCUUUAUUAUAAAUGAAUUUUUGCUUUAAACGCAUACACAUGUUCAGUGUUUGAUAGUUCUGUUCACAAUGGAGGUCUGUUCUGGUGCGUUGUCCCAGAGAAGUAGGAGAAAUCAGUGGCAAGUUGCUGUGCCUGAUUUCCUAUCACAGUGACAAAUUGCUUCUUAGGCAAGACCUAUAUUUGACCACAAGAAAGAAAAAUAUGUCACUGGAAAAAAAAAUAAAUAAACCUAUGUAUUUACCUAUAUAACUUUAAUCUCCAAAUUAAAAUUUGUAUAUAGUUUUUGAAUUUAGGACAAAAGGAAAAAAUUAAGCCUGAGAUUUUAACAUAGAGUUUAUUUUUGUUAUUUCUUUGUUAGGUACUCAGUGAAGCAGUCCUAAUAUCAAGCAUAAUUCAUAUUUACUUUGAACAAACACUGUCAAAUAAGCCUUUGUUAUCCGCAACAAAGUGGAGUUUGAAAAGAUCCUAUUUUCCGGUAUCUUCAUUUCUUUCUGUGUAGUUUGAGUCUUUGUUGUAUUAACUUAAAUUUGAAAUUGGAAGAAUCUUUUGGGAUAGAAGAAAGAUUCUUACAUGUUAGUGGACUCCGUCCUAUAUAAAAGUAGUCUAGGGAUCAGAAACUCACUUCCUUAAUUUCACCAUAAGAUUGAGUUUAUUAAAUUUACAGUGUACAAUUUAAAAAAAUACAUACACACAUAGGUGUACACUUUAAGAUUUUAAUUUAAGAUUUUGUCAGGGUCUUAGAAGAAAACAAAAAUUCCUUACUCAGGCUAUAAAAUUUUGUUGUCAUACUUCAAAAAUAAAAAUAUACUGGUGUAUCCAUUUAUAUUAAAUGCACACAGGCACAUUGUGAAUUAAUUCACUGCUUCAACCUACAUUUCUAACCAUAGUGACUUCAGAAAUAACACCGUAUAAUGAACAUUUCAGCUUGCCCUUACUUACUUAAUUUUACUGUUUAUUGCAAAUCUUAAGGGUUUUAUUAUAAAGAUUUUUUCUUUAGUUUGGUAGCACAUUUUUAUACCAAAAACGUCAAACACUGUGCUGUAAGAAUAUCCACAUUUGUAGAAAUGUUCGCUUUUCAGAUAAUAUGCCUACCAUUAUACUAACAGAAUUGUAUGGUAGUUUUAUUUUUUUUUAUUUAUUAUCUGUGUUUUUGGUAUUGUUGGUUCUUGAGGCAAUGAUAAAAAUCUGCUAAUGUAUUCUGAUAUGAGUGCUCUAAUAGCUGUUCUUUUUUAAACUACACACGUUGUUUUCAGUAGGCACAAUUCUGUCCAGAGCAGUCUUGCCUUUUGAACUGUCAGCCUGCUCCUGUUUCCCUUUUUGUCAGUUAAACAAAGCUUUUCCUUAGAAAAGUAGUGACUGGUUUUAAAUGUUACAUAUUGUAAAAGUAAACAUUGGAGAACUGUUCUUUAGAUUGAGAUACAGAAACACUAUAUUUGUGCCUUUUUCGUUUCUUAAUUUUAACGUGUAUUGGUAUUUGGAGCACAAAUAUGAAGGUGCCAUAAUAUUAUGGCUUGCCAUUGUUACCUCUUUGAGUACUCAUGUGUCAUUGUCUUGAAAUAGUAAUUGGAGAACCUUGCAUGUAUUAUUACGUAGUCAUUUGAGCGUGUGUGUGUGUGUGUGUGUGCGCGCGCAUGCGAGUGUGUGUACACGUACUUAUAUUCGCUUGGACUUUGUGGUAUGUUCAAAAGAGUGAAUUUCUGAAAAUAGGACUCAAGUUCAGGUUAGUUGAAAUAUUUCAUUUAAAUGUGCUUUAUUUUGGGGGACAAUUGAUUGACAGAGGAAGUUAUAAUUCUCAAAAAUGUGACCAGUUUACUGCAUGAUGAAAUGUGAAAACAGUGCCUUUUUAGGACAUCGAUUUUAAAAUUGUUUUAAAAUAUUAGCAAAAAUCUCUUAAAAAGUUGUCAUGAGCAUUAUUGGCUUAUUUUUAAACUAGACCUAACUUAGAGCUUAAAUUCCCAAAAGUUUAAUUACUAACUUUAUUUACCCGUUUAAGUUUUAUGCAGAAAUUUAAAACCUAAGCAGAAUUCUUUAUAAAAAUGUGCAUCAUAGAUACUACCCAGUGUUAGUAAAAUAGAACACUAGGGACUUCAUAAGUUGUUUUGUUAAAAUCCGACUCAAAAAGCUUUUCUCAUAGCCAAGUAUACUUGAAGAGGUGACCUAUUCCGAGUUGGACGUUCAAGCUCUUUGAUGGAUAAAAUAAAAAUAUUCAAUGUAUUCUUGCAAAAUAAGGCGGGUGGGUGGGUUUUAGUGUUUUCAGAUUGUAAAGACAGCACUUUCAGCACACGUAAGAGUAUUUUGCAAACCUCUUUUAUACAGAUUAUGAGCUCUACUUUAUUUAAGUGUUCAUGGAAUGAUGUAAAUUUUAGGUCCAGUUGAACAAAUACUGAGUGCCUACCAUAUGCAAGACUUUCUCCUCACUAGAAAUGAAAUCACCACACCGUGUCUUCUGUUUGCAGUAUGUGGAUUUUAUGUUUGAAAAGGAAUUCUUAUAUUUAAAUCUUUUUAUGUUGUUAGAGUUUAUCAUUGUAUACUGUAACCCAGUUAAUUUUGCCUUCAGUUUUUUAGAAUAAAGAUAUAACUUAAGUGAGUUCCGUUUUUGAAAAUAAAAUUCUGCUAAAAUUAUUUAAAAAUUAGUUCUGGGGGAAAUUGAUUUUCAAGAUUCAGAUGUAUAAAAACAUAUAUUGACCUUUUCAGCCUCAUUUUUAAUCAGCUGAUGUUAAUGAUGAGAUACAUACUUUUUGUAUCUUGUUGCUGAAAAUAUUUUUUGCAUUUCAGCACGUUGAGUUAAAAUAAAGUUGUUACUACUUAUUCAGAAUUAAUUGGUUUAUUUUGUGUUUAUUUGAAAAUAUGAACUCUUCUUUUUCAGAUUACUGUGAUGCUUUGCAAAGAGCCAUGUAUUGAUAUGGUAACUUUUAAAAUUAUGGAGAGUAGCUGUCUUUUCUACAUAGGGAAGCUAAUAUUUUUUGGAGCCUACUAAAGACUUAUUCCUUAACUGUGAGAUGUUACAUAUAUAUUUACUUUAAUAUAUGUGUACCGUCAAUAUUGAAUGACUUAUGCUAAUGUCAUGUAACUUUGCUGUAGCACUUAAAGAUUACCUUUAGCUAGUCCUCCUACUACUUCUUAAUUUCAACUAACAGCUUAGUCAUUU